AUGGCGGGAGCGGAGCGGGGACCUCGGGAGCGGCGACCUGGGGAGGGCCUGUGGCUACCGCGGCUACUGCUGCUGCUGGGGGGGCUCGCCCGGUUUGGGCUGACCCUGGCUCUGGUUCUGGUUCUGCCUGAUCCCAGUGCUCUGGCUCUGGCUCUGGUUUUGGCUCUGGUUUUGGCCCUGGCUCUGGUUCUGGUUCUGGUCCUGUCCUGGUUCUGUCUGAUCCCGGUUUGGGCUGGUUCUGUUCCUGUCCCGGUUCUGUCUGAUCCCGCUGUCCCGGUUCUGGCCCGGUUCUGUCUGAUCCCGGUUUGGGCUGGUUCUGUUCCUGGCCCGGUUCUGUCUGAUCCCUCUGGCCCGGUUCUGUCUGAUCCCGCUGUCCCGGUUCUGGCCCGGUUCUGUCUGAUCCCGCUGUCCCGGUUCUGGCCCGGUUCUGUCUCAGCCGUGGACAUUCCCUGCACCGCGUUCCGCUCGGCCGGGAGCGACCCCCGCAUCGAGUGGAAAUUCCAGAAAGGAUCCUCGCUGGGGCUCAUCUACUACGGGGGGGAGCUCACAGAGCCGUACCGGGACCGUGUCCAGUUCUCCCGCACGUCCAUCCGGUUCCAGUCGGUGACCCGGGAGGACAGCGGGAAGUACAUCUGUGAGGUGGUGGGGGAUGGCAGCCACAUCUCCAAGAGCGAGGUCAACCUCAUCGUCCAGGUGCCCCCUGGCAAGCCGCUUGCCCACGUGCCCAGCUCUGUCACCGUGGGUGCCCGGGCCGUGCUGCGCUGCUCGGAGGAGCAGGGCUCGCCCCCGCCCACCUUCCGCUGGUACAAGGACGGCACGGAGCUGCCUCAGGACCCCAAAUCCAGCCCCGCCUUCCGCAACUCCUCCUACAGCCUGGACCCGAGAACGGGGGAGCUGGUUUUUGAGCCUGUGGGGGGCUGGGACACGGGUGAUUAUCACUGCGAGGCCUCCAACAACGUGGGGACCCCCCAGAAAUCCGACGUGUUCCACAUGGAGGCCAGUGAGGUGAACGUGGGGGGCAUCGUGGCCGCCGUGGUUCUGCUGCUCCUGGUCCUGGCACUCGCCGGCUUCGGGGUCUGGUUCGCCUACAGCCGUGGCUACUUCAGCAAAAAAACAGAUGCCGGCGGGAAGAAGGUGAUUUACAGCCAGCCCUCACGGCGCAGCGAGGGCGAGUUCAAGCAAACCUCCUCGUUCCUGGUGUGACGUCACCCCCGCCCCCCCCCGGACACUUUUUCCCAAUUCCCGGAAUUCCCGCGGGAUUUUCGCUGCCG